ACGGUAGCAAACGAAUCUACAAAGUCAGUCUAAUGCGUGGUUUAGUUUUGUCGCUCGCAACACCUACAUGAAACCAAUUCAGGUUUCAUUUCACUUCUUUAGGUUAGAUUAAGUGGAGUCCUCUCACACGAAUACCAGUUUCUUGGAAAAAGCGAGUUACUGUCGAAUACUCAAUGAACAUACAGAGGUCACAUCCUAUUUACAUAACGCGUUAUGGCAGAUCAAGGCAUAAAUCACACGACCUCGAGGAAGUGUCUCCUUUGAAGGCCACCGAAUCGAUUCAAAGCUUCAGCCCCAAUUUAGGAUUCCCAAAUCCUCCAGAAACUAUCAAUUCUUCGCACUGCAUUUCUCGCAUUGGGAAGUACCUAUUGUUGGAGCUAAUUGAGGGAGACCACGUUUUCAGAGCAGCUAACCUGCACAGUGGAGAAGAGCUCGUAUGCAAGGUGUUGGCUAUCAGUCGAUAUCGGGAAGAUUUACAGGCCUACUUUUGCCUCGCUGCACACACAAAUAUAAACCAAAUAGUGGAGAUCCUUCUUGGGGACACGAAAGCCUACGUGUUCUUUGCGAAGAGCUAUGGGGAUAUGCACUCGUACGUGCGCUCCUGUAAGAAGCUGCGCGAAGACGAGGCUACCAGACUGUUCUACCAGAUAGCGUCCGCUGUCGCACACUGCCACGGUAACGGACUGGUGCUGAGAGACCUUAAACUGAGGAAAUUCGUCUUCAAGAAUGAAGACAGGACCAUGAUUAUGCUGGAGAGCCUGGAGGCAGUGCACGUCAUGCGGGGAGCGGACGACAUGCUGGGGGAGAAGCACGGCUGCCCGGCCUAUGUGAGCCCGGAGAUGGUGAGCGGCGGUGGCAGCUAUUCGGGCUGCGCGGCGGACGUGUGGAGCCUGGGCGUCAUGCUUUACACCAUGCUGGUGGGGCGCUACCCCUUCCAGGAUGUGGACCCUGGCUCGCUCUUCAGCAAGAUCCGGCGGGCGCAGUUCAGCCUGCCUGAGGCGCUUACCCCGAAAGCCCGCUGCCUGAUCCGCAGCCUGCUGCGAAGGGACCCCACCCACCGCCUCACGGCCCACGACGUCCUGGACCACCCCUGGUUCUCCUCUGAAAUCCACGCGUCUGCGUUCAGGCACCACGCGGACAACAGGGAGGUGCUGGACCAGGCCGUUCCGGAUGUGAAUAUGGAGGAGCUGGAUGAGGUCUCACAGUGAACAGCACGGCAACGGCUGGCCCAGUCUGGUGCUAAAACGGUCCACCGUGGGAAGGCAUACCUUCCUGCACUUUCUAUGAAACCCAGAUCAGCCUGACUCCAGCCAGCUCAACAUGGGAGUUUCUUUGC